AUGAUAUCAGAAAAACAUGAUACAAAUUUAAUCACAUACUGGUUAAGAGAGGUCAUGAGACAUGAAGCACCAGUACCUCCGGAAGUGAAUUGUGAUUAUUCAAUGGCACUUGUAAAUGCUACAAGUUUGGCUUUCAACAAACGCAGCUUAAAACAUGAUAAUAAUUGCUACCGUUGGAUUUGUACCGAGACAUUGAGUAUCCCAUGGCCAACUACAACUACAGGCCGAAGCAUUGGAGAUCUGGCAACACUGAAUAGAGGGCCGAUGAUAUUUAAGGUUAAACGAAUGCCUGCAAAGUGUUCAGUGCCAAGUUGUACUAGUAAUUAUGCCUCUAGUAAGAACGAAGGAUACAUCACUAUUUUUAAAUUUCCUCAAGAAGUAGAACUACGACUGAAAUGGAUUAAAAAAAUCGACGAUAACACCCACGAAUACACCCAAAAUAAAGAACACGUUCCUCAAGAAGUUAAUAAAGCCUCUGAAGAAGUUUCACAGGAAAUCUGGCAAAAAAUAAUUGAGGAUUUACAUGUUACAACUGAGUCGGAUAAAAACCACAUAACCCCAGAAGAAUAUCAUCAAGUUCAUGCUGCCAUAACAUUUCAAAAGAAAAACCAACAAACUCCCGAUAAUGCAAAGCCUUCAACAUCAAAAACAAUUGAUCCUUCUAUAAAUGAGGCCACAUUAAGACUAGGAAAUGCUACUGACAAUAUAUCCAAAGAAUAUGUGCUCAAAGUAUUAAGCCCAAGAAACCCGUUUUCAGAACCAGCUGAGGAAGAACUACUAUUCAACAAAGAUAUAGGUACAUUAAUAACUGCAGUAAGAGAGAACCCAAGAAAUGCUUAUACAUUUGUUAAAAAAGGAAAUCGGACCCAACAAUCUUUGGAAUCAAAAGAAGAUCUUGAAUUGGAACGGCAAAAUCAAGAGGCUUUUGAAAUAGCUACUCAAAUAGACCCAUCUCUCAUAAUUAAAAUACCAAAUAGUAAAGCCAAACUCUCAGACUACUUGUCUUCCACAUUAAACCUUUCCAAAGAAACAUUGCCAUACAGUGCUGAAAACAAAAGGAUUAUAGAUGAAGCCAUAUCUAUUUUAAAGUAUGAGGACAACAAUCCACAGGAUUUGGAUGACUAUAAUUGGGACAGUGAUGGAGACUUGUAA